UCGGCUUGGAUCCCAAUGAUACAAAACAACUCGUCGUGUGGCAGGGAGGAGAAGUAUCCUGGAGAAGUGGAAGUUGGCAAGAAAGCAGCUCCGACUUUCAGUAUUUCUCUGGAUUUGAUUAUGGCUUGACCUUUAGUUUCAUUGAAAAUGAGAAUCAAACUUACUUCAUUUACACGGCAGAUUACAACUCAAAUCCUUUCCCAGAAAUAAGAAUACACUAUUAUGGUGAGCUCUUCAUGUCCAAAGCUUAUUACUGGGACUGGCUCUGGUUAAAUUCGUGUUCUCAACCUAACAUCUCUGGUGCCAAAAGUAAAUGCAUAAAGCAGAAGCUUCCGAAAUGUAGGAGUAGUAUGGAGGAUACAUUCAUCACAGGGGAGUAUGGUUUAAUGUCCAGAGAUGGAUUUAGAUUCAGUGACAGCAAAAACCUUACCAUUGAGGGUUGUAAGGUCAAAUGCUUGUUAAACUGCAAUUGUCUUGCUUUUGCCACAACCAUUUAUCUAGAUGACAAUAUCACCGGCUGUGAAAUUUGGACAUCAAGUGCAAAAAUAAAACCAGCAGUCAAUGGCAACGCUCGCACGAUUUACAUCCUUCCUUCCAGAGAGAACAAAUGGUGGCUAUGGCUUACCACUGCAGUUGGACUAAUGAUGACCAUACCCACUUUAUGCUCUGUCUGCUAUAUCAUUUGGAAAAAAUGCAAAUCAAAUGGUGAUGAAAAAUAUAGCAAGAGGAUGCUAAUAAAAGAACUGGAUGGUGGUGAAACUCCUUGCAUCUCAUUUGGAAAACCAAAAGGCCAUAAAGCAGAUAGAAAUGGGCUGCAUGUUUUCAGCUUUGAAAGCAUUGCCUAUGCUACAAACUAUUUCUCACCUGCAAAUAAGCUUGGUGAGGGCGGCUUUGGACCAGUUUAUAAGGGAAUAUUACAUGAUGGGCAAGAAGUAGCAAUAAAGAGACUCUCCGCCAAUUCACGACAAGGAGUAGCAGAGUUCAAGAAUGAGGCUCUACUAAUUGCAAAGCUGCAGCAUACUAAUCUUGUGAAGCUUCUAGGCUUUUGCAUCCAAGGAGAAGAAAAUAUAUUAAUCUAUGAGUAUAUGCCAAACAAAAGCUUGGAUUCGUUUCUGUUUGAUUCUGAUAAGAAGAAAAUAUUGAAUUGGAAGAGACGCUUCAUCAUUAUUGAAGGGAUUGCUCAAGGGCUACUUUAUCUACAUAAAUAUUCCAGAUUAAGAGUCAUUCAUAGAGACUUAAAGGCUAGCAACAUUUUACUUGAUCAUGAAAUGAAUCCGAAAAUAUCAGAUUUUGGGAUGGCUAGAAUAUUUGGACUAAAUGAAUCUGAAGCAAAUACAAACAGAGUUGUUGGAACAUAUGGUUACAUGUCUCCAGAAUAUGCAUUCCAUGGCCUUGUUUCAAUCAAAACUGAUGUAUUUAGCUUUGGAGUUCUAUUGCUAGAAGUUGUAACUGGGAGGAAGAAUGCUACCUGUUAUCAUCCUGAUUAUCCUCUUAACCUUACAGGAUAUGUGUGGCAGCUAUGGAAUGAAGGUAGACAGUUAGAGUUAAUAGAUCCUAGUAUGGAUGAAAGUUGCCCUCAUGAUGAAAUAUUAAGACGCAUUCAUAUUGGCCUCUUGUGUGUACAAGACCAUGCCAUAGAUAGACCCACCAUACUUGAUGUUGUGAUAGGACCACCUUAUGCUAUCAAGUCCUCAGAGUUAAAUACUUUCCCGAUGGAGAUUUCUUGGGAGCUUCUGCAGGAGCUAACGCUUCUAUGGUCUGGCAAGGGGUUGUUGCUGGCCUUGUUGCCUUCUGGGGCCAUCCCUCGGCCACAGUCUGCUCUUGUUUACCAGGACAUGGAUGAUAGGGUCAGUGCUUUAAUAGAUGUAAAUAAAGGCUGCUGGAAGGAAGGAGAUGUUCGACAACAAUUUUGUGCAGAAGAUGCAGAGAGCAUUCUACACAUCCCCCUUAAACAAAUAAGGAGUACCAAUGGUAUUAAUACCCAGAAUCCGUUAAAGAGUGGGAAGAAACUUGUGAUUCCAUUGCCAUGCACAUGCUUUGACAAUGUUAACAAUGGGAUUGCUUCAGUGUACAUGUCAUAUGUAGUGCAAAGGGGGGAUAGUUUGGCCAGCAUUGGGGCUCAAUUUGGAGUAAGUACUAUGAACGUGGUGGCAGUGAAUGGGCUCAGCCAGCCGGGAGUUGAUCCUGGAGACAUACUCUCAUCGCAAUUGCAGCUGUACAAUAGCAUCAUUAACGUGAUUCUUCUUAGAUUUACAGCAUGUUCAUCUGCAAACCUCAACUGGUACAAUGAGAGCCUAAUUGUUCCCAAUGGAUCAUCUGCUCUUACUGCCAACAACUGCAUCAAAUGUUCUUAUGGACAGCAUGACCUCAAUUUGCGAUGCGGGCCCUCUGGUAUUGAAACCACAUGCUCUCAGUUACAAUGCAAGGGAUCUGAGCUUUUUAUUGGCGACUCACAUGUGAAUCAGACGGCUACAGGGUGUAACAUCACUACUUGUGUUUACCGUGGCCAUCUUGGUGGCAAGAUUUUCAGAAGUUUAGCUAAUUCUUCUCAAGCUCCUUGUCCAGGCAAUCCCAUCCAUCGCAAUAUCUCCAUCUCCAUCACCAUAUCUAUUUCACUAGCUACCGGGGCCUCUGCGCCAAUGAGUGGACAAGAUUUCAACGUUUCUAGCAAAAGAAGAUUGCUGGGAGAAGAGCAUCGAACCUUCUGGUCCUCUCCUUCUGUUCCUCUCCCUCUCCCUUCACAUAUUAAUUCUUUGCAUGUAGAUGCUUCGAUCGAAGAUAGGGAGAAGCAGAUGUGGUUGACUGUGGUCAUCGGCUUCGAAUCGUUCCAGAUAGAGGCACAAAGGUGUGAUGGAAAUGGAAGAAGUGCAGCUAACGUCAAAUUCUCUACACAGGAAUCACCAGAUUACUUAAGGGAGCUGAUACGGAAGACCAGAAGCUUAACUGACAAACCAUUUGGGAUUGGUGUUGUUUUGGCAUUUCCUCAUGAGGAAAAUAUAAAGGCUAUAUUAGAGGAAAAGGUUGCAGUGUUGCAGCUAUAUUGGGGUGAAUGCUCACAGGAGCUUGUAAUGGAAGCUCAUAAUGCUGGCGUCAAGGUUAUUCCCCAAGUAAGUAAAUAUGAUGAAAAGAUAGUUCAUUUUUCCCUGUUGGGAGCAUUGAGGAUGCAAGAAAGGCCAUUAUUUGCUAUCAUUGUCCAAGGACGUGAAGCAGGAGGUCAUGUAAUUGGACAGGAUGGCUUGAUUUCAUUGGUGCGAAGAGCUGUUGAUCUUGUUGGGAAUCGAGAUAUUCCUAUAAUUGCUGCUGGGGGUAUUGUAGAUGCACGUGGUUAUGUAGCUGGCUUGGCUCUUGGAGCAAAAGGCGUGUGCCUUGGCACUAGGUUUGAACCAAUCUCAAUUUAAAUUAAGCAUACAAUCUUUAAAUUUUAUAUUGGAAUUUCCUUUUCUGAUAUUGUGCAUGUCAUUUUCAGUUACAAUUAUUAAUCAAAGGAAUAUUCAACU